UGCGAGCUCAGGAGUUUGAGGGAAAACAGAAAACUCGACUCUUUUGUUAGGUGUUGCUCAAGAACACUUCGAGUGGGUUUUGAUACAUGGUGUACACAGAAAAGGUCAGUUCAGUGAUUCGUGUAAAGAGGACUACUAUAGAUUCAGAAGUGUAUCGUCGAGAUAUAAAGAACAUUCAAAGAAAGAGUGAAACCUUUUAGUUCCAAAGACAUCUCUUGAGAAGGGAGGUUUUAUUUUCUCGUUAGGACUGGUUGUAUGCACACAAAUUAUCUUUUCUUCUGACAACAAACAAAACAUUACCUUGUUUAAUUCAUCAAUGCCCAAUGAUCUUGGGAGAGAAAAAGGAAGAUAUUCGACUACAAUGUAGCAUUUGACAUGUCUAAUUAAGUUGGCUAAGAAGUUUCCAUCAUCAUCAUAGAGCAACAAGGCGAACUAUACAAAUGCUGACUGCUCACUGUGCUCAGUGGAUAACUAAUCCAAAUUAAGAUUGCUGGUUGUUCAUCGCAGUGUCCUACAUUUUCUCUGGCAGCCUCAAGACUGAAAGGAAAUAGGACACACUGUCUGGAACGUUGAUUUGCUGUUUCAAGCAAAAGACAUUUUAAGAUAUGGUUGUUCUGAUGAGCAUCGUCAGUGCGUGCCCCCUUCUGAAGACAAUGCAUGACUACUGAUGACAUCUAUGUAAUAAUCUUUAGUGUGGUGGUUCAGGAAUGCAGCACGAAUGAUAGAUGGAAUGAAUUAAUCUCUCUCAAAUGUUGACAACGUUCGAAUAUUGUUUUCGACGUCACGUUCUUCAGAGAACCUGAUAAAUGUAAAAGGUCUCGUGGCAAAUACACACUAAUCAUUCUAGCCUCGCUGCGGACUUUACACGGAUGAUUCGUUAAUGGUUGGCGUGCAGAUUUGGAUGAUGCUUCGAUUGUUCCUCAUGAUGAUUAAUCAAAUCGAUUCAGUCGUCUCCUGCACAUAAUCAUAGAUCAACAACUAUUAUCGCAUUGGUAUUUCUCCGACGGAUCAUCGCGAAGAUGGGGUAUUAGGAGAUUGGGCGACUUAUGACGAGUAUCUAUGAUCCUCCAUCAGUCAAAAUCUGCGAAAGGAAUAGUCACGGUUUGAUGAUUAUCCUUAAGGGAUUUCAAGAAAAUUUGUCGCCGUCUGCCUUCAGAAGAGUUAGAGUUUUGUUUGGAUUAUGUUCUGUGCCUUUUAUACCUGUAUUAACGGAAGUUAUGAGUCAUUGAGAAUUAAUCCCUAUCAAAACAACCCGAGAGUGUCAAACCGAAUUGGACAAACCUCUACAAGGAACGCAAUACAAAUUGUAUGUUUGACAACUUUUCAAUAAACUCAGCUCCUCGACAGAAGUACUUGUGUAGUCCUCUCUAGAGUAACUUUCGAAGGGAAUAAGUGAUCCCAGCUAACAUUUAUAUCAUAUGUAGGUGACGAAAACGGUGAAUGACACACACAGCCUGCAACUUACAACAUUUUCGCAAAAAAGAAUAAUUUCAUCAUCGUCAUUUGUAAUUUUUGCUGGUUCUCGGAGUCGCCUGUGCCCCGUGGAUAUCAACAACACAAAUCAUCGCCGUGCUCUUUUGAUCAACUCGUAAAAUUUAUGAGUGGCAUACAAGCAAAACGUUGCUGAUGAUUUCGUGACAGACCUAGCAAGAUUUUUUUAUUUUUAACUUAAAUUGAAGGUGUCUUCCACUUGGAGUCAGGGAAUCUUUCCAACAUGAGUGCUCCACAGAUCUUAAUCAACGGGUCCCUAGCCCAGACCGAGACCGUGCACCCCAAACUCCUCAUGACACGGGACCUCGUGACGAUCAAGGAGGAUGAGGAGGUCGCCGGCCUCAACGAACUCAAGAAGAUGACGACGCGGUUACGCCUUUCGACCAGGCGACCCUCCAUCAUGCAAUGGAGGGAGAAUCUAACGAACUUCCAACAGAACAUGGCCUUGGUUAAGCAAGCUGGACUUGAAAGCGAUGAUAGCGGGGAAGAUGAAUGCGACGAUGAUGUCGAUAGAAAAUCGGACGACAGUGAGAUUCUGACGGACGACCAGGAGAGGAGAAAGAAAGUCGACGACGCUAUCACGUGGAUUAGGCAAGAAUUGAUUGCAAUGAAGACACAGGAUCACCAAUUGGCCAUGCAACUCAUGAAGCUCCGGGGAGAAAUACAGGCGCUCAAACUACAGAAAACCAGCGACGAUCAUCGAGAGCUGAUAGAGGACGCCCGCUACAGCAUGGUAGAGGAGAGUGUGGAGCUCAAGAGCGCGCUCUUUGAUUUGCCUAUGAACAAUAACUUCUACCCAAUCGGGGAGGAUCCAUUGAAAGACAUUGGGGUGACCCGGAUGAACUUGAAUAGUCGGAGAUUCUCAUUACGAUAGCCGAGUUUAUACGAUUGGCUGACCUGCAGGCGUGUUUGGUCACGUGACUUUUAUUGCAAUAAUGACCGAGUUGCACUGCCUGCUUCCGGGGCCUGCUUGCCUGCCGUAAAUGAAAAACCAUAUAGAUUGUCAUAAAAUUAUAGUAAUGAAAAUAUAAUAAACUUUACGGUAACCUUGGAUUGAUUCAUAUAAAGCGAAGGAAUGCCUCUUCGUUAUGAGAUAAUUUGCAGUGGAUCUUCCCACAUCAGAGACAUGGAGACAGAAAGGAGGGGACCAGAAAACGAACAUUAUAUUGAAAACAGACAUAAUUUUAUCUUUAUUAUUUUAGCGCUCUUUUAAUGGACGACGAUUUCAUUAAGUAAUAACUUUCCUGACCCUAAAACAUCACCAAGUAUCAUCUUCGAGCCAACAUAUGUUUUGUCUUAACAGUGGAGUCCCUCUCUAAAUCCCCUGAAACAAAAUACGGUACUACAGUAUAUGCAAAUAUUGACGAUUCAAUUUUCUACUCAACAGCAUGACACAGUGUACCUAUAUACGCCCAUUCGCGAGACCGACAAUACCGUUCUAGAGAACCUUCUGCAAAUUUAUCCGAAGGCCCCACAGACCAACGUGUUGGCGCCGUGGGUUGUCUGUCUAUACUUGGAUAUCCCACACAGUGCCUAGACUGAAUAACAGUUCCAAUCACAUUUUACUUAAACUCGAUGGGUAUUUUUAAUUCUAAUAAUUGCCUUUGUAUCUAUCAAAAACUUACCCAGUACGAAUAAAGAUGACAGAUUUAGGGCAAAACAUGUGACAUGGACAUGGAGACAUCGUAUAUUACACAUUUUGAAAUUGUUUUAGUAAUUCAGCAUUUUGACGAAUGAAGACAAAUUCUAGUUGUUUAAAUGUUUUUAUUGUCUUCCUCGCGUCGUUAUUGAGCAAGAAUAUGGUUCAUAAAGCUAAUUCUUAAACCGAGUGUAAUGGGGGGUUUUUUUCUCAUUAUUUAUUGUGUUAAAUUACAUAAGGAAAACUGUAUUGUGUUCUCAAUCGACAUUUGUUAUUAAUGAGUGCAUUACUAAGUAAUUUGAUAUUUUUUAAAGGUGACUUAUUAUGUGAUAAUGUUUGUCUGACGAUUGAUCAGAUUUAGUACGUCAAAGAUCAAAUAUUGAUAUAUUUGCUUUACUUUGAAGUGGUCCAUUUGAUAUAAUCUUCCAUACUUGCUAGGUUUUUUUAUUACUUAGUAAAUGAUAUUGAUAUCAAGAUAAUUCCUCUUUCCGCGUUAAAUUCGAUGAAUUGUGAGAAUUUUAUCUGAUACUCUGAGCAUUGUACAGUACUUUACUGUGCUUUUAGUUUCAACCGUUACACGUUUUACAAUGGACACGGUUUUAUAGAUGCAACACAGUGUUGGUUAAAAAAAAAGGAUUGCCACUGGUGAAUUCCUUGAUAACCAAUCAUUUAGGAUCUACCUCUGUAUAAUGUGUUAUUUAAUUUGGAAAAUGUAACAAGAAUGACAUCGCUUGUUGGUCCAUAAUGAUUAUGAUUAAAAUUCACAUCUUCCAGUCUAAUGUUCAAUUUUUAUAUAAAUUAAACGGAGUCGGGCUAACUCAGACCAAAAAAAACUCGGCCCAGCUGCAAAAACGGUCAGUUUUGCAGGUUUAGGGUUAGGUUUAG